GCCCGGUUCUUGCACUCGCUGGAAAGCGGCUCCGAGCCAGCGGCUAUUCCAAAGCCAGGGCGUGCAGUAGGAGCGAGAGGACAUAGCCCUGCGCAGAACGAGCAGCACCGCGGCCAAGGCAGCGGCCGAAGAGGGGCUCCAGGCACCGAUCCUCGCGUUGCCCCCUGCCCUGGAGGCGUCCUAGGGCGCUUCUCGUCCCCGCUUCCCCGCAGCAGCCACCUCGCCAGCGCCUGCUGCGCGGUGCCUCCAACUCUGCGCUAGAAGAAAAACUUCCCGCGUGUCGGCAUAACUGCAGCGCCUCCUCCUAAGUGCCCCGCCUGCGGCUGGCUCUGCGCGCACUUGCAAAGAAUAAUAGUAAUUAACUUUAAAAACUCCGAGCGAGGCCAGCGAGGCUCUGCGCUCCCGACCCGAACAAUAGCCCCCUCGCUCGGUGCGCUCCGGCGCGCGGUGCCUCCCAGGGCUCGGGUGCAGCAAGCGGUCCCCGCGGAGUUCCGAAGGCGCACGGCAGGCGGCGACAUGGGGAACGCGGAGCUGGCGCGGCGGUCUCGGGGCUUGCAGCCUGCGCCCGCGCUGCUGCUGCUCGCGGCGGCCGCAGCACUACUGGUCGUGCCGGCAGUGCGCGGGCGCCCGGCCGAGGAGGACGAGGAGCUGGUGCUGCCAGCACUGGAGCGCGCCCCGGGACACAGGACCACACGCCUGCGUCUGGACGCCUUCGGUCGUGAGCUGCUCCUGGAGCUGCAGCCGGACCGCGGCUUCCUAGCGCCCGGCUUCACGCUCCAGACCGUGGGGCGCAGACCUGGGCCCGAUGCGCCGAGUCCAGACCCCGCCGGCGACCUGGCGCACUGCUUCUACUCCGGCACGGUGAACGGCGACCCCAGCUCGGCCGCCGCUCUCAGCCUCUGCGAGGGCGUGCGCGGCGCCUUCUACCUGGAGGGCGAGGAAUACUUCAUCCAGCCCGCGCCCGCCGCCGCCACAGUGCACCUCGUCCCCGCCGCCGCCGGCGGGGAGCCGCCGGCGCAGCCCCAGGUCCAUCUGCUGCGGCGAAGGCGGCGGGGCGGCGGCGGCGCCAAGUGCGGGGUCAUGGACGACGAGACCCAGCUCGCGAGGGGCGCGCGGCCGGAGGGCGAGGACGCCGGGGCGCAGUGGCCGCCGCGGGACCGGGCGCCGCAGCGCGCCGGAAAGCCAACAGGAACUGGAAGCAUAAGAAAGAAGCGAUUUGUGUCCAGCCCCCGAUAUGUGGAAACCAUGCUCGUGGCCGACCAGUCCAUGGCAGAGUUCCAUGGCAGUGGUCUGAAGCACUACCUUCUCACCUUGUUCUCCGUGGCAGCCCGGUUAUACAAACACCCCAGCAUUCGCAAUUCCGUGAGCCUGGUGGUGGUGAAGAUCCUGGUCAUCUACGAGGAACAGAAGGGGCCAGAAGUGACUUCCAAUGCUGCUCUUACCCUUCGGAACUUCUGCAACUGGCAAAAGCAACACAACCCACCCAGUGACCGGGAUUCGGAGCACUAUGACACAGCGAUUCUUUUCACCAGACAGGACCUGUGUGGGGCCCAGACAUGCGAUACUCUUGGGAUGGCUGAUGUUGGAACUAUAUGUGAUCCCAGCAGAAGCUGCUCGGUCAUAGAAGAUGACGGCUUACAGGCUGCCUUCACCACAGCUCAUGAAUUAGGUCACGUGUUUAACAUGCCACAUGAUGAUGCAAAGCAGUGUGCCAGCAUUAAUGGUGUCAACCGGGAUUCCCACAUGAUGGCGUCAAUGCUCUCCAAUUUGGACCGCAGCCAGCCUUGGUCUCCCUGCAGUGCCUACAUGAUUACGUCAUUUCUGGAUAAUGGUCAUGGCGAAUGUUUGAUGGACAAGCCCCAGAGCCCCAUACAGCUCCCCUCUGAUCUCCCUGGGACCUUGUACGAUGCCAACCGGCAGUGCCAGUUCACGUUUGGGGAGGAGUCCAAACACUGCCCGGACGCAGCCAGCACGUGCACAACCCUCUGGUGCACGGGCACCUCUGGCGGGUUGCUGGUGUGCCAAACAAAACACUUCCCUUGGGCAGAUGGCACCAGCUGUGGAGAAGGGAGAUGGUGUGUCAACGGCAAGUGUGUGAACAAGACUGACAAGAAGCAUUUUGAUACUCCUGUUCAUGGAAGCUGGGGGCCAUGGGGGCCCUGGGGAGACUGUUCGAGAACGUGUGGUGGAGGAGUUCAGUAUACAAUGAGGGAGUGCGACAACCCAGUGCCCAAGAACGGAGGGAAGUACUGUGAAGGCAAGCGCGUGCGGUACAGAUCAUGUAACAUCGAGGACUGUCCGGAUAAUAAUGGAAAAACCUUUAGAGAGGAACAAUGUGAGGCGCACAAUGAGUUUUCAAAAGCUUCCUUUGGGACUGCGCCCGCAGUGGAGUGGACACCCAAGUAUGCUGGAGUCUCGCCAAAGGAUAGGUGCAAGCUCAUCUGUCAAGCCAAAGGCAUUGGCUACUUCUUCGUUUUGCAGCCCAAGGUGGUAGACGGUACUCCAUGUAGCCCAGAUUCCACUUCUGUCUGCGUGCAAGGGCAGUGUGUAAAAGCUGGCUGUGAUCGCAUCAUAGACUCCAAAAAGAAGUUUGAUAAAUGUGGUAUUUGUGGAGGAAAUGGAUCUACAUGCAAGAAAAUAUCGGGAUCAGUUACUAGUGCAAGACCUGGCUAUCAUGAUAUUGUCACAAUUCCAACCGGGGCCACAAACAUUGAAGUGAAACAACGGAAUCAGAGGGGAUCCAGAAAUAAUGGAAGCUAUCUUGCCAUCAAAGCUGCCGAUGGCACAUAUAUCCUGAAUGGUGACUUCACUUUGUCCACCUUAGAGCAAGACAUUACGUACAAAGGUACUGUCUUGCGGUACAGUGGCUCCUCUGCAGCGUUGGAAAGAAUUCGCAGCUUUAGCCCUCUCAAAGAGCCCUUAACCAUCCAGGUCCUUACAGUGGGCAAUGCCCUUCGGCCGAAAAUUAAGUACACAUAUUUCGUGAAGAAGAAGAAGGAAUCUUUCAAUGCCAUCCCUACUUUCUCAGAAUGGGUCAUCGAGGAGUGGGGCGAAUGUUCCAAGUCAUGUGGACAGGGUUGGCAGAGAAGACUGGUAGAGUGCAGAGACAUCAACGGGCAGCCUGCUUCAGAGUGCGCGAAGGAGGUCAAGCCAGCCAGCACCAGACCUUGUGCGGACCUGCCUUGCCCCCGCUGGCAGCUGGGGGAUUGGUCGCCAUGUUCCAAGACUUGUGGGAAGGGUUACAAAAAGAGAACCUUGCAGUGUCUGUCCCACGAUGGGGGGGUGUUGUCUCAUGAGAGCUGCGAUCCUUUAAAGAAACCCAAACAUUACAUAGACUUUUGCACGAUGGCAGAAUGCAGUUAAGCAACGUCAGUGUUGAGGGGGAAGUAAAGUGUGGAAGGGCUGAUGCACUGAAAUCAAGAAGGCUGGAGGAAUCCAGUGUACCUUGCCAGUGAUCAACAAGGUGUGUUGAUGAGGAGUUGUGAGUAUAGACGUAGGUAGAAAAGAAGUUAGAUCGUCAGGAUAUCCUGCCAGUUACAAAUUUGAUAGGGUAGUUAAUGAGGAUUAUUAAUCUCUGAGCAAUGAUAUAGCAUGAUAAAGCCCCAGGGCAUCAUUAUUAUUCCUUUUGUUGCAUCUGUGACAAGUUCAACAAAGAAAUAGGAACAAUUGUCAAAAUAAGUUUAAGAAAUAUUACAAUCCUUGUUUCCUGGUACUGAUUAAAUACUUAGUAUCAUGGGGGUUGGGAAAUGAAAAGCAGGAGAAACAUGCGAUUUUUAGUUUAAGAUGUGGUUUAUUUUACCUCACUAGCAGUGGAGGGAGAAAGGAGUACGGAUAGGAUCUUUGACCAGCACGGCUAUGGCUACUGUGGUUUCAGAGAACGCCAUCUUUCUACCAAGCGUUAAGAAUUUGGGAUUGUCCAGCGUGAGAGAAAUGUUUAACAACAUCAAAUGACUCCAUCUUUACUUUCUUGUGUCUUUAUUUGUGAAUUCCUUUUGACAAAGAAACAAUUCCAUGUAAUUGUAAAAAUGCAGUAAGUCUGCAAGGGGGAAGAGAAGCAGCGAUGUAUCGGAUGCUGGUAAAAAGCUAGAGGAGGCAGGCUGAGGUCAGUACCUCCUACCUUUCUUUCCUCCAUGUAUAAGCCUGCUUUAGGAAUGUGAAUGUGAAAAAACAGUUCGUGUCUCAAGAAAGUCAAUAACAUCACAC